GGAGAAACAUUCAAUGGCGGGAAGAAUCAUAAUCAGAACUCCGGCAUUUCUCCGGCUGAAAUCAACCUCCAAUCGGAACCCUAGUUUCGCUUUUCAGGCAAUUUACCGUAUUUCAAUUAAUUCAGUUUCCACCAUCUCCAAUCAUCCCAAAAUUUCCUCCCUUACGCAGAACUCGAAGCAAGCGUCACUCGCUAAUCUUCUCCACAAGUCUGGAUUCACAUCAUCCCAAAUGCAAAAAUUUCUUUCGAAGAAUCAUCUUUUCUUCAUGAACUCCAAUUUGCAGGACAUUGAAAGUCCUGCAGCUGUUAUAUUAUCAUUUGGAUUUCUCUCGGAGGAUCUUGUUUCCAUGGCGAUUGACUGUCCCGCGAUACUUGACUUGGAAUUUCUGAAGAAAUGGGAGGUAAGUUUGUCCCAAAUUCGAUUGCACAGUGUUUCAGCGUCGAUAACUCGGAGCAUGCUAGUAUUAUUCAGACGAUUCAGUAUAGACCCGAGUAUUUUUCAUACAACUGUAAAUUUCUUGAAACGUGUGGGGAUUAGUGACGCUACCGUAACUAGGGUUUUAGAGGAUUGCCCUAAAACUGUGUUGUCGAACGAGGAAGAAAUCUCACGAACGAUUGAAUACCUGAUGGGAAUUGGAAUCCAAAGGGAUGAAAUUGAUUGGAUCAUUCGUUCGCUUCCUAGAGUUCUAGGAUUUAGAGUUGAUGGCAGAUUGAAGAGUUUGGUUUCUGAGUUCGGGGAGUUGGGGUUUGACCAGAACGUGAUUGCAAGUGAAAUUGUUAGGGAACCGAGAAUUUUAGGCACAGAAUUAGAACUUUCGUGAUGCCUAGAGUUGCUUAGAAAUCUAAAAUGCAGAAACUCGAUUAAGGAGGAAAUCUUCAAAGAUGGUGCUUUCAGAGCUGCAUUUGAAGUGAAACAGCAAAUCGACUGUUUAUGUAAAAAAAGGUUGAUUCGUACAGAGGCAUUUAAAAUGCCAUGGAAAGAGCCGAGGUUGGUCACUUAUGAAACAGAGAACAUUGAGAAGAAGAUUGACUUCUUGAUCCACCAUAAGAUGAAAUUUGGUGUUGAAUGUUUGAUUGAUGUUCCAGAAUAUUUGGGCAUCAAUUUCGAAAAGCAGAUUGUUCCUCGUUACAAUGUGAUUGAAUAUUUGGGAUCAAAAGGCUGGCUUGGUUCUCAGGUUGGUUUGAGAGAAAUUAUCAAGCCUAGCAGGCUCAAGUUCUACAAUCUGUUUGUAAAGCCUUAUCCAGAGUGUGGGAAGAUGUUCUGGAAAUUCGUGGGAGAUAAUGAAACGAAGAGCUCGAGUAGGCAUCUUAUUGGAUUAUGGAAGGUUUUCAAACCACAAAGACAUCCAGAAUUAAGAGAAGAUACUGAGAACAUGAAGUCAUUCAUGAAUUCUCUUGUUAAGUGGAAGCUUGGUAAGAUGGAGAAGGGGUCCUCUGGUUAUGGGAAGGCAGUGAGGUAAACAGGUAUGCCAUAUUUGAAUGACGGGCCCUACAGCGAAUGAGUAGGUUCUUGUUGAAAAUUCGCACGAUAUAAACUCAGUAAUACCGUGCAAACUAACCUAAUAAUCCAGGGUGGAAGGAGCAGCAGAAGAACCUACUGGACACAACUGACUGGUGACUGUAAUUGCCGGAGGCCUCUUGUUCUGAAGAAAAUGAUGGACUCAUAAACUUUGGUUUUGUUAAGCUAUCCAUUAAUGGAUGAAAACUCAGUCGAAUUUUCUCAAACCGAUGGCUCCGUCACAAUUUAGUUCUUGUUGGAUUUGAAAGAAUGUGGCUGGAAUGGAUGUUCUCAAACCUGAUGUGUCUCAGUUCCCUCUCCUUACUUAGUCUUGGCGGGGUGUAAGAAGGUCGAUUUGACUCGUUUCUUAAAGCCAAAAAUGAUACUGAAUCGACAUAAUCUUCGCAAAAUGCAAGAAAAGCGCCCAGCAAAUUGUGAUUGCCUGACCAUGCCAGGUCCAAUGAGCUAGAAUUGAAAUCGAACGGACAAAAUAUAUUCGAAUCAAACUAACCAACA